ACGGGCGUCCUAUCAGCUUUGUCGCAGAGUUGAUCUCUAACACAUCGGCGGUGUUGACGAGCUGCGAUAUAAUUACCGAUAUACAUGAUAAACCAGAUCCUGCUCGUUCUGUGCUGGACGGUACUGUUUUUGAGCAGAUUGUGUGUUGUGUCGAUUCCUCCACACAGUGACCAUGUCCCUAUCUGGUUGGGUGUGUGUAGUAACAGGUGCCUCCAGGGGCAUUGGCAGAGGAAUAGCUCUCCAGCUAUCUGAGGCAGGAGCCACGGUCUACAUCACAGGACGCCAGGAGAAUGCGCUGAAACAAACUGCUGCACAGGUGAAGGAGAGGGGUGGGAACUGUGUACCCGUUAUCUGUGACUCUACAAAAGAUGCUGACAUUCAAGAACUUUUCGAACGGAUCAAACAAGAACAGAACGGCAGACUGGAUAUACUGGUUAACAAUGCCUAUUCUGGAGUACAGGAUAUCUUUGGGAACAUGGGUAACAAAUUCUGGGAAACUGAACCAUCUAUUUGGGAUUCCAUCAACAACGCAGGCCUCAGGGGUCACUACUUUUUCUCAGUUUACGCAGCCCGGUUAAUGGUGGCUCAAGGUCAGGGUUUGAUAGUGACCAUUUCAUCUUUUGGAGGGAUACGGUACCUCUUCAAUGUGCCAUAUGGUGUUGGUAAAGCAGCUUGCGACAGAUUAGCAGCAGACAUGGCCGUUGAGCUCCGGAGCAGAGGUGUAGCUUCUGUCAGCCUGUGGCCGGGAGCGGGUGAAACAGAACUGGUGUCUCAGUUGAUACUGUCGAAAGAAGAUUCAUCAUCGGGGGGCCAGUCUAAGUUCAAAAAGGUUUUUGCUGACGGAGAAACCACAGAACUGAGUGGAAGGUGCAUCGUCAACCUGGCCAAAGAUAAAAAUCUGAUGUCACUGUCUGGGAAAAUACUCAUGACUGCUGAUCUGGCGAGGCGCUAUGGGAUAAAAGAUGUCGACGGCCGGAGUGUAACUGACUACACUUCCAUUAAAUACCUCCUGUCCCAAGCCCCAUACCUGUCCUGGCUGUCGGCUGUCGUGCCCUCAUUCGUACGUGUGCCACGCUUUGUGAUAAACUUGGCUUUCAGCCACUUCUGAAAAUCUCCUACAUAAAGUCUCUUGUGGCAAUUUUGUCUACAGUUCCCAUUUUAUUUGCUAACACCUGAAGGGGGAUGAAAGGGUUAAGAUUAACACUAUUUUCUGAAGGAUCAUUUAUCAUUUUACAUAUAUGCACACAUCCAUGUGUAAUGACCCCAUAAUUUACACAUAUACUAAACUGCUAACCUCAGGCGAAGGCGCACAAUGUGAAAACUAAUGCUCUAUUAUAACUGCAUGUUAUGGUCUUUUGAAGUACUAUGAUCUUUUUGAAACAUAAAAGUGCUUUAUUUUUGCAUUUUUUACAUUUGUAUUAUAUUUCUGGACACACACUACUAAUAAUACUGUAGCCGGCUGGCUAAAUAACAAAUGGUUAAAUAAAGGAAUGAU